AACACGUGCAAGAAAAACGUACUAUAUAACAGCGGAGAUGAAACCAAAUUUCCCAAUCUCUCAGGAUUUUCAGAUCGACUCGUAUGUUACCGAAAAUGACUGAUUGCUCUAAUAAAUGGUUCGUUGUGCUGUUCCUCGCUAGUUGCUUAUGCCCACUGUUGGAGGUAGAUGGCCGAGGAGCUGCUCCUUAUGGCGAAGAAUUUUCUCAAGGAGCAAACGAAGAGGUUACUUUCACCGAAGAAGAAUUUCAGGAAGCUUUACGGAUCGGCCAAGAGUACGUAACGAAAUGGGAACAACUGGAAGCCCAGAUAUUGGAAGUUGAUCGCAAUAGAAGCCAACAUCAUGGAACGAGUAGAGCCGAUGAAAAGUAUCACUCGCGCCGGUUCAAUCCGCAGCGAUACAACCCGGAAGCGAUGGCUCAGUCAAAAGAAGCCGCUGUCUAUCUGGUGGCUCGGCAGUACCUGAGUGAUAAGUUGGGAAUCCCAGCCGAGAAGAUUGGAGAUUUUGAACGGUCGUCUACUUUUGGAAGCGAUGUCAGCGACAGGCAAAUUUGUGACUUUAACUCCAAGUUUCGCACUUUCGAUGGGACGUGUAACAACGUCGGAGUUCCAUCGUUCGGGAAAUCGGGUACCAUUUUCAACCGACUCGUUUCCACCCCGAGCGAAGGAUAUGACGACGGUGUGGCGACUAUUCGAAGGAGCAAAUUAACGCGGAGUCCGUUGCCCAGCGCCCGUCUCGUAUCCACUACAGUUUUGAACAACAAAAGUUUUUCCCGUCUUGACGUCUCCCUGCUGACGAUGCAAUGGGGACAAUUCCUCGAUCACGACUUGACGUCGACCCCGACUUUCACCAAGAGUGAUGGAUCUGAAUUUCUGUGCUGUUCGGCCCAACAAACUGGCGUCAAUGUGGCACCUCCUCACCCAGAAUGCCUUCCCAUUGCCAUCCCAAGAAACGAUCCUGUUUUCAAUCCAUUGGGUAACGGUCAAGUGACGUGCAUGAAUUUCAUUCGCUCGACAUUUGGAAAUAAUUUGGACGGAACCUUUCCCCGAAUGCGAUCACAGAUCAACGCUUUAACACACUGGAUCGACGGCUCGAACGUUUACGGAAGUACAGCCGCAAAAGCCAGGUCCCUGCGGGAUUCGACAUCCGGUAGGGGCCGGAUGAGGACAUUCAUCAGCAAUUUAGGUCGUCAAAUGCUGCCUUUGGGCAACUGUCCAGUAACCUGUUUUGAUGCAGGUGAUAGCAGAGUCAACGAACAGCCGCUACUUUCAGUGAUGCACACCAUUUGGCUUCGUGAGCACAACCGCAUCGCUGAAAACUUGUUCAGGAUAGUUCCGGGUCAGACGGAUGAGUUUUAUUUCCAACACGCCCGGCGUUUAGUUAUCGCUGAAAUGCAGCACAUCAUUUACAACGAAUACUUGCCAGUCAUAAUUGGUCCUACGAUGGCUGCCAAAGUUAAUUCUGAAAGUGGCUAUUCAAAUACUCUGAAUCCGGCCGUGUUCACCGAGUUUUCCACUGCCGCCUUCCGCAUGGGUCACUCUCAGCUGAGAAGCUUCAUCCGGCUUUUCGAGAGAGACGGAAGUGACAGCAGAGAGAGUUACCAACUCUCGGACUCGUUCGAUGAUUCUUCUCGGCUCUUUGGAGCUAAUUUCAUGGAUAAUGCUCUCCGUGGACUUCUCCAAGUACCUGCCGAAGAAGUGGACAGCUUUUUCGCAUUCGACAUUACCAGUCAACUUUUCAAGCCAAAAGGGGCAACAGUUGGGCUGGAUCUGACAGCAUUCAACAUUCAACGUGGAAGAGAUCAUGGCCUGCCUACAUACGCUAAAAUGUUGGCUUUCCUUGGACAACCUUUGCCGUCUAGUUUCGACCAACUGCUUUCUUAUAUACCAAACGAAGUCGUCAACGCUAUGAAGUUCGUGUACGAGUCAGUGUACGACAUUGACCUGUUUAUUGGCGGAGUGACCGAAUAUCCUAUGCCCGACGCUGUGCUAGGCCCCACAUUCGCCAAUAUCUUCGCAUAUCAAUUUUCGAAUCUGAGGAGGAGUGAUCGUUUCUUUUACAAAUUCAAUGUCGAUCAACCCACCAGCUUCAGAUCAGGUCAACUGGCAGAAAUUCAAAAAGUCUCUUUGGCGCGCAUUAUAUGUGACAACAGCGAUGGCACCGUAGGUUACAUCCAACCCAAAGCUUUCCGCACUCCCCACGACUUAUACAAUCGACUUGUACCGUGCAGCAAUAUUCCAGGAAUCGAUUUCUCCAAGAUGUUACCCCUUUAAACAUUUUAAGAACCGUAGAAGGGCUGAGCCUUUUCCCACACGCUUUUAUAGGGUGUUAUUAUUUUAUUAAUCUCUGAAGGUGAAGGUUGCAUAGGAUGUGGUAUAGGAUAAAAGAAAUAAAUUUGAAGACAAUAGAA